AUGAUCUUCACCAAGUCUCGAUGCCUGGAAGACGAAGACAGGGGAAGCGCUGAGCGCCUCUUAGCUGUCGAGGGUGGUCUCUGGACAGGAGACGAGGAGCCACAGCGACUGGGCGAUCUUGCCGUUACUCUCCUUCAUUUCACAAUCCUUGGCAUCAUCUUUCUGGUGGGUAUUCUCGUCGGCUUCUUCUGGAGGGGUGAUCUGGAUGGGCUGUGCAGUGAGCAUGUUUCCCAAUACUCACCAUUAAUACGCGAUGUGGGUGUCAAGUUUGGCACCAAAGAAUUCAACGGGUCGCUUCUAAAGGAGAAUAUCUUCCGACAGGAUGCUAGCCCUGAAGUUGAUGCAGCGUGGGAAUCGUUGGGGGUGAACUACCGCGCUGUGAGAAUUUCACUCAACGAGGCUUCGGAAUCGAACAUUGCUUCGGACCAGGUCAGGAUCAGAGAGGAAUAUGGCGGUGGCUAUCCAGCAUACGUGGAAGGACUUCACCACCUUCAUUGCCUGAAUGUUCUUCGAAAGUCCCUCUACUAUAACUACGAUUACUACCACGAACAGGCUGAGGGCGUCUUCACCAACAAUAACUAUAUUGUCCGACAUCAGGUUUCGCACUGCCUCGACAUACUGCGACAGCAGCUGAUGUGUGCGGUUGACACUGGGGUUCUAGGCCAGGUCUGGAUAUACCCAGAGGAUCCAGAGCCGUUCAUCAACUUCAAUACUCAGCACAAAUGUAAAAAUUUCGAAGAGAUCCGUGACUGGGCAGAAGCAAAUCAACUGCCCGAGGAUGCUCCCGAGGAUUUCUUGCAACCUCCUUUGCCCGGCCAGAGGGUCCUGAAAGAAAUGCCAUGA